GCAUUAUUAUUUCCUAUCCCACUAUAUUUUUUUUUGGUGGACCUAUCCCACUAUUUAUCCACAAGUACAAACAAACAUAAUAGGUAAGAGUUGUUUCUUGUUUUUAAAAAAAAAAGAAAAAAAAAAAAGAUUAGAAAACAAAAGUACGAUUUACGAAGUAUGAAUUAACUUAUUCCGUGUUCAUUUUUUUUUUCUUUUAACAUCCGAUCUCAUCAAAUUUCAUCACUUUCUUUUUAUUUGGUCGAAACUAUACUAGAAACUCUCAAUUCACUUACUCAUUGUUCAUCCAAUUUUGUAUAUUUCUUUCUAAAUUUAAUUAUUUCUUUUUAAUUUGGAGAUUUGAUUUAAUUUUGGAGAAUAUUCAUAGUGAUAUUCUGAAAGAAAAAAGAUGGGAUCUUUGAUGAGUGAAGAAAAAGUUGGAAUAAUCGAAGAAAAAGAAUCAUACGAAGCUAUACUUUACAUCAAUGGUGUUCGUAAAGUUCUUUCUGAUGGUUUAGCUCACUUGACUCUUCUUGAGUAUCUCAGAGAUCUUGGCCUAACUGGGACAAAAUUAGGCUGUGGUGAAGGAGGUUGUGGUGCUUGUACGGUUAUGGUCUCCUACUUUGAUCAGCUGCACAAGAAAUGUGUGCACCAUGCAGUUAAUGCAUGUUUGGCUCCACUGUACUCUGUAGAAGGAAUGCAUGUAAUCACAGUGGAAGGCAUUGGAAAUCGUAAACUUGGCUUGCAUCCCGUGCAGGAAUCAUUGGCAAGCUCACAUGGCUCCCAGUGUGGAUUUUGUACUCCUGGAUUUGUCAUGUCCAUGUAUGCUUUAUUAAGAUCCUGUCAAACUCCUCCAACUGAGCAGCAAAUUGAAGAAAGUUUGGCAGGGAAUUUGUGCCGUUGCACAGGUUAUAGGCCAAUUAUUGAUGCCUUCAGAGUUUUUGCUAAAACCGAUGACAUGAUAUACACUGGUGCUACCUUGGCAGAUCGUCUAGGCAAUGAGUUCGUAUGUCCAUCUACUGGUAAACCCUGCUCUUGUGGAUUGAAAUCUGAUUGCAACUCUGAUAAUAUGAAGGAAAGCGGGGCAUGCAAUAAAAGUUACAAACAACUUUCUUAUAGUGAUAUUGAUGGUAGCAAAUACAAUGAUAGAGAGCUUAUUUUUCCUCCUGAGCUAUUGCUAAGGAAAUCUACCUUUUUAAGCUUGAGUGGUUUUGGUGGGCUUAAGUGGUAUCGACCUGUUUCACUUCAACAUGUUCUAGAGUUAAAAGCCAAAUAUCCAGAGGCAAAGUUGGUAAAUGGUAACACUGAGGUUGGAAUCGAAAUGAGGCUGAAGAGGUUGCAGUAUAAAGUUCUUGUGUCAGUUGCACAGGUGCCUGAGUUAAACAUCUUACAUGUGAAAGAUAACGGAUUGGAGAUAGGGGCUGCUGUGAAACUGUCUGAGCUUCUGAGUGUUCUUAGAAGAGUUUCUUUAGACCGUGCUGCUCAUGAAGUAUCAUCUUGUAAUGCUUUUAUUGAGCAAAUAAAAUGGUUUGCUGGAACUCAGAUAAGAAAUGUUGCAUCUGUUGGUGGCAAUAUAUGCACUGCUAGUCCAAUAUCAGAUUUGAAUCCUCUUUGGAUGGCUACCGGAGCAAAGUUUCACAUUAUCAAUAGCAAGGGAAACAUUAGAACAAUUUUGGCAGAGAACUUUUUCUUAGGGUAUCGUAAGAUUGAUUUGUCAAGUGAUGAGAUUUUACUAUCAAUACAUUUACCAUGGACAAGGCCUUUUGAGUUUGUGAAAGAGUUUAAGCAAGCUCAUCGUAAAGAUGAUGAUAUUGCAUUAGUAAAUGCCGGGAUGCGUGUUCACCUUGAGAAGAAGAACGAAGAAUGGCUUGUUUCAGAUGCAUCAAUUGUAUAUGGAGGGGUUGCUGCUGUUUCUUUUUUUGCGUCAAAAACAAAAGAUUUUCUCAUAGGAAAGAGUUGGAACAAGGAGUUGCUAGAUGGGGCCUUAAAAGUCUUGGAGGAGGACGUGUUACUUAAGGAAGAUGCACCAGGUGGGAUGGUGGAGUUCAGAAAAUCUUUGACAUUAAGUUUUUUCUUCAAAUAUUUUUUGUGGGUAUCUCGAGAAUUAGAUGUAAAGACAACUUUGACAGAGAGUGUACCUCCAUCAUAUCUGUCAGCAAUACAGCCAUCCCAUAAGCCACCUGUGAUUGGGAGUCAGGACUAUGAGAUUGUCAAACAUGGGACAGCUGUAGGAUCUCCCGAGAUGCAUCUAUCUGCAACACUUCAGGUAACAGGCGAGGCAGAAUAUGCUGAUGAUAUAGCAAUGCCACCUAAUGGUUUACAUGCUGCAUUGAUCCUGAGUAAAAAGCCUCAUGCCUGCAUAGUCUCAAUUGAUGAUUCCGGUGCAAAGUCUUUACCUGGCUUUGAAGGCAUAUUUUAUGCCAAAGAUGUCCCUGGGGAUAAUUUUAUUGGGCCCGUGGUCGCUGAUGAGGAGCUCUUUGCUUCAGAAUUGGUAACUUGUGUGGGCCAGGUGAUUGGCAUAGUUGUUGCCGAUACCCAUGAAAAUGCAAAACUAGCAGCAAGAAGCGUGCAUGUGGAGUACGAAGAGCUGCCUCCUAUUUUAUCUAUAAAAGAUGCAAUUAAAUCUAGAAGUUUUCAUCCUGGCUCAGAGAGGCAAUUCAAGAAAGGUGAUGUUGAUCUCUGCUUUCAAUCAGGUGAGUGCGACAGGAUCAUAGAAGGUGAAGUACAAGUAGGUGGUCAGGAACAUUUCUACUUGGAAUCAAUGAGCAGUUUAGUGUGGACCAUGGACAGUGGUAAUGAGGUCCAUAUGAUCUCAUCUACUCAGGCACCUCAGAAGCACCAGAAGUAUGUCAGUCACGUACUCGGUCUUCCUAUGUCAAAAGUAGUUUGCAAAACAAAGAGAAUUGGUGGUGGAUUUGGUGGCAAGGAGACAAGAUCAGCUUUUAUUGCUGCUGCAGCUUCUGUUCCAUGUUAUCUGUUAAAUCGUCAUGUAAAACUCACCUUAGACCGAGAUGUAGACAUGAUGAUAACUGGACAGCGUCACAGCUUUCUUGGAAAGUAUAAGGUAGGAUUUACAAAUGAGGGGAAGGUUCUUGCUCUGGACCUUGAGAUUUAUAACAAUGCUGGAAAUUCACAUGAUCUCUCUCUUCCUGUCCUUGAACGUGCAAUGUUUCAUUCGGACAAUGUUUAUGAGAUACCUAAUGUUCAGAUUAAUGGAAAUGUUUGCUUCACUAAUUUUCCAAGCAACACUGCGUUCCGUGGAUUUGGUGGCCCUCAAGGGAUGCUUAUUGCUGAAAAUUGGAUCCAGAGGAUAGCCAUGGAGCUCAAGAAGAGCCCAGAGGAGAUCAGGGAAAUAAACUUCCAAAGUGAAGGAUCAAUAUUGCAUUAUGGCCAAGCUCUUGAGCAUUUCACAUUGCGUGAGCUGUGGAAUCAACUCAAAUCAUCAUGCAACUUUCCAAAGGCACGUGCAGAGGCCGAUGAGUUUAAUGUUCAAAAUCGAUGGAUAAAACGUGGAAUUGCUAUGAUUCCCACUAAAUUUGGCAUCUCAUUUACAACCAAAUUUAUGAAUCAGGCAGGUGCCCUUGUCCAAGUUUAUACUGAUGGCACUGUACUAGUUACUCAUGGUGGUGUUGAGAUGGGUCAAGGCUUACAUACAAAAGUAGCUCAAAUUGCUGCUUCUGCUUUUGACAUUCCUCUUAGCUCUGUAUUCAUAUCCGAAACUAGUACAGACAAGGUUCCAAAUUCAUCACCAACUGCAGCAUCAGCAAGCUCUGAUAUGUAUGGUGCUGCAGUUCUAGAUGCUUGUGAGCAAAUAAAAGCAAGGAUGGAGCCUAUUGCUUCAAAACAGAACUUUUUUUCAUUUGCUGAGUUGGCACAUGCUUGCUAUUUGGAGAGAAUAGACCUAUCUGCUCAUGGUUUCCAUGCUACUCCUGAUAUCGGCUUUGAUUGGAAAACUUGCAAGGGAAAACCUUUCAGUUAUUUCACGUAUGGUGCUGCUUUUGCUGAGGUUGAAAUCGACACAUUAACUGGAGAUUUCCAUACAAGAGUUGCAAACAUCUUUCUUGAUCUUGGACAUUCUCUCAAUCCGGCCAUUGAUGUUGGUCAGAUUGAAGGGGCAUUCGUACAGGGGCUGGGUUGGGUUGCUUUAGAGGAGCUCAAGUGGGGAGAUUCAGCUCAUAAGUGGAUACCUCCUGGCUUCCUUUACACAUGUGGACCUGGAAAUUAUAAAAUUCCAUCCCUGAAUGAUGUUCCCUCAAAAUUCAGCGUCUCUCUUUUGAAGGGAUCUCCAAAUGUUAAAGCUAUACAUUCCUCAAAAGCUGUUGGCGAACCUCCAUUUUUCCUUGCUUCUGCUAUCUUAUUUGCUAUCAAGGAUGCAAUCACAGCCGCUAGAACAGAAGCAGGCUACAGUGGGUGGUUUCCUCUGGACAAUCCUGCUACACCUGAGAGAAUCCGCAUGGCUUGUACAGAUAAAAUCACCUCAAGAUUUGUUGAUUCAAAAUUCCGUCCUAAACUCAGUAUCUAAGCGCUUAAUAAGCUGUGUAUGGUACUCAAUUAGCUGCUUUUGGCAUGUACACAAAUCUGUUGGAAGAAUAUAUAUAAAUAUGUAGAUUAAUACAUAUAGUCUAUGUAAUCUAUUAAGCUCUAUUUUAAUUAUAUACCUUAUCUGACAGACCUUUAGUUAACACUGAUUAUUUAUUUAUUUAUACAUUCAUUUAUUUA